GAACAAUUAAUGGGUGGUCUUAUUGAGGGGAGAGAGCCACAAGGCCAUUGCGUCAUAACUUUCCCUUUUGUAUAUCCACCACUUCCACAACCUCUUCUUUUCUCUCUUGUUAACCUCUUCAACUCCUGGAAAUAGAAUCCCUGUCACUCCACCCAACAGACGAAUUCACUUCAGACUUCUGUUUAUCAGUCAGGCAAAAGGAUCCACAGAAAGUUCCAUCAGGCACAACAAACAACGCCAGACGCUGUAACUUACGCUGAAAGGCCGGUAGAUGUUCUAAUUUCCGAGAUAUUUUGCUUUCCGUCUCUACCAAAGUUACCCCGCUGUCGGUGCGAACGACCGUACUCUUGCUCAACAUGACUUUGUCUCACGAAACGACGGGCAACGCCCAUAGCCCAGAAAAUGCACCUAAAAGACCUAAAGGCAUCUUAAAAAACUCGAGUUCUUUCGUCCAUCAGGCAACAUCGCCGGAAAAAGUCGCCAUUUCACCACCUCUCCCUGCUGAUCCGGUCGAGAACAAAGAAAUCACUCUUCAGAAUACUUUACAAAAUGCCGGUCGUCGCUCGUCUAGCACACGUCGCACUUCCUCUGGAAGACGCCUUUCCGGCACUGGUUCCGCACACGGUGAUCACGAUGAUCGCUCUACGCAUCUGAAAUGGGACGAAGCAAACCUGUAUCUUGCAGAGCAAGAGAAAACGGCCAAGAUGAAAAUUGACGAACCAAAGACCCCCUGGGCUCCGAGCUACGAUCCCUCACAAGAUGAGCGUGAGGAGAUGGAAUUAGAAGCUGAAGAUCGCACGCUCGAUGCGCAUGAUUUGGUGGUUGAUGAACUUGAUCAGGCUAAGAGUGCUCGUCAGAAGAAAGCCACCGGUGCUGUGAAAGACAAUGAAAUCCCAGAUUUCGAGCUAGGUGAGCCCGAGGAAGAUCUAAGUGGGCAGCAGAAUCUGGCCCGAGCCGGUGAAAGUCGGAUUACCCGCGAACGUAGCCUGAGUCAAAACUCAAAUCGAAGUGAUAAGCAUGUCGAUGUUAUUGUUGAUGAUGAUGGGGAGAGUACUGGCCAUGGAGAAGGUUUGAUGACAUCUGAAGAAGCAAAAGAGAAACAUCGUCAGUUUGAGGAGCACCGGAAAAAGCAUUAUGAAAUGAAGAACAUCAAGGAUCUUCUAGCGUAUGCCAUCCCAUUUCUUCGAUGCCUGAAUACAGAAUAGCUGACAUGACAUGUUCAGUCACCCCGAAGAACUCGACGAAUUGGACGAAGACGACGACGCUCAGCCACCAGCAGUGCCACAAAUUCCAAAGAAUUUGUCCUGAUCUCCAUGGGUAGACACACGAGCUGCAUGGACGAAUUUCACGAGAUUAUGAAAACACUUGAAAUAUUUUAUUCUUGGAUCUUCUCCUUUGACACUUUUCUUUCGCCGAUGCCUUCUUAAUACCCCGGUUAUUCUUCUGUUCAUGUCAAACUAAACUCGCUACGUAUUACUGUCUGCAUGAAUGGUACUGGGUGAGGUGGAUACCCCUGCAUAUUCGAGGAUGAGUUGGAUGUCUGUAGUUUUAUAUUAUCGCUUGUAAGUAGUUGGUUUGACUGUUAAAAAUCAAUGUAUUCAUUUGGAC